UUUCUCUUCCUUUGCAAGCCCGAAACCUCUCUCUCUCUCCCCUCCCACCCAUCAACCAGAUCAACCCUACCUUUCUCCCUCCCCACCACCUUCUCCACUUCGCCAAGUUUCACUUUUCCUGGUCGAGGCGGAAGGAUUUAGGCUCUGUCAUGAGUGAGUAAUCUGCAGGUUUAUGGAGAAGAAAGAGAUGGGUGUCAAGACGGAGGAAGCGAUUCGAUCCUCUUCGAAUGGGGGUUACAAUUCAAACAGCUUCCCCCUCUCGAGUUUAUUUGAUUUUCAUGAAGUGGAAAAGAGCCCUUUAGGGUUUAUGGAGCUUCUGCGUGUGCAGGAGCAGGAGUGUGGUUCCUGGCUAGAUUUGCCCCCGCAACUAUUUCCUUCUGACCUCAAAAAUCAAUGUGCCUCUGCAAAAAGGUACUGCGAGCUCAGUCACCAGCCUGCCACUCCAAACUCUUCAUCCAUUUCAUCUGCGUCCAGUGAGGCGGUGAAUGAUGAACACACUAAAACUGUAGAUCAACGAGGAGAUGGAAAACCAAAGACCAAUAAUCAGUUGAGAGCCAAGAAGACAAAUCAGAAGAAACAGAGGGAACCGAGAUUCGCGUUCAUGACGAAAAGCGAGGUCGAUCAUCUGGAUGAUGGGUACAGAUGGAGAAAGUACGGUCAAAAGGCCGUGAAGAACAGCCCCUUUCCCAGAAACUACUAUCGUUGCACCAGUGUUUCAUGUAAUGUAAAGAAACGAGUGGAACGAUCCUUCACUGAUCCAAGCACUGUCGUCACCACCUACGAAGGUCAACACACACAUCCAAGCCCCCUCAUGCCUCGUUCGACUCUCGCAGGAGCUUCUGUACCAGCGGUUGUCUCCGCCGGAUGUGAUUCACCUGUAACAUCAGGAAAUUUAUCGCAACAGUAUCAUGAGCAGCUCCAACAUCAUGACCAUCGUUUCCUAGCUAAUACAUUGUCGUCUUCGGGUUUUCCUCGCAUUUGUGGUUCAAAAAAUAAUAUCGUCGCUUUUCCUCAAGACAGAAUGCCUUGCAAUCCAGGGACCAAUGCUUUUUUAAGGGACCAUGGGCUUCUCCAAGAUAUUAUUCCUUCCCAUAUGUUGAAAGAAGAGUAGAGAGACCAUCAAUCCUUAAUCAACUGCGUGAUUGUGUAAUCUCUUUGUAAUGAUUACGAUAAUUUAUAGUAGACUUAGAUGUGAGCUCCA